AUGCGGGGAUUGUUCCUAGGGUUGCUGGUGGGGGCCGUGGUGGUCGUCAUUGGAUCACAUCCGCCUCCAGCGAUCGGCUCAGGUUGGCCACUUCUCCUUCCCUCAUCUACCCCUUAAAUAUGCAUUUUCGGCUAGUAAAUGAUGAUCUCAACUUCGCCAAUCCUCUCGCAUCGUCUGGUUUUCUGCUCAAAUGCCGGAUACGAGCGCCAUUAUUUUCGCCACUGUGCGGCUUACAGUCCGAUUCUCGUUUCUUCGUAACCUACUGUGCUUGGAUUCCGUAUUUUGUUUUCUAAAAUUUCUGAACCAAUCUUUUUAUGUAGUCCGAGGCUGGUUUCUCCGAACCUUUGAUCUGGAACUGUAGCCCCAAAUCUUGCCCCUACCUCUGGUUCCACUAUGACGGUAUCGUUGUCUAAGCAGCCUAUGGAUUUCAAAAUGGCAGAGCCAUCCCCAUCUCAUUGUCUAUAAACGAACCUCCGCGGAUAUCUAAAGAGAACGGGCCACGAAGGGAUAUCAUACUUCACCUCUGAAUCCUGCAGUCUCUUCUGUGACAAGCUAGUCAUAUUGUUCAAUAGAAAAUACUUCAUAUUUUUCUGAAAAUUUUUCAGGAAACCUGAUUCAUGGAAACUCGGAUCAUGGAAUGCGCCAUUGCACCGUAGAACACAGUUUUUUUUUUAGCGUUUAUAUUUGCCUGUUUAAUUCUGAUCACAUGAAUACUGUAUCUAGUUCCUAAUCAUCCCCCUAAUGAACAUGUCAAACGUUCUAUGUCGUUCUCGUUCAAUGCAGGUUGCCCUCUGGACUUGGGUUGGUCAAACUUCUCUGUCGCAGCGUCAGUUUGUUCCAAUGAGAAUGAGAGAGCAAAGUGCUGCCGUCUCAUUAAUGCGUUCAUUGCAGUCUCCGUUGCCCGUUAUGCAAAUUCAACAGGCAAAUUGGGGGUCCCAGCAGCGUUCUCAGAAAUCUGUCUCCUAUCCAUCUCAGAAACCUUGCAACUCUAUGGAAUCCCUUCCAAUGCGAUGGUGUUCUGUGGACUUGGGACUAAAAUUCUGGUCAGUUAUCCAUGUGAAGGACGGGCAACUGUGCUGGAAAUGCUGCAGUCACCUAACUUCAACAAUGUUUCAGAGAAUUGCAAGCCGCCGCUAUCUAUGGAAAGCAGUUGCCGAAAAUGUGUGAACUGGGGGAUUAUAUACCUUCGCCACCUCAAUGGAGUCCGUGACAAUGUUACUUUAAGUACUUGCCGCAAUGCUGCCUUUGUUACACUUGUCAAUCAAGGAGAUAGCACGUCAACUAUUGGCAUAGCAAGCUGUUUCUUCAGUGUUCAGGGCUUUAAUGUUCAGUCAGGUACAUUACAAAACUCAUGGGUUCAGUCCAACUAGGCUUUUCUUAUAUGAAAAAAAUAUCCGGACAGAUCUUUCUUCCGUCUUUGCAGAUUUCCCUGAAUGAUGCUCGGAUUAUUUACUUAUUUUAUGGUUUGAUUGUUGCAUGAGGUGCCUUUUUAUCUAAAGCAGAUUCAAAGGCGGCUAUGUAAUGGAAGAAUGAUCAGUUGUGAAUGGUAAUAUGGGGAGUUCAUUAAACAAUACGCUGGUGGAAUUUGUUUUGGGUGGACAGUGAGGAACUUUAGCCCCCUCACACGUUUACCCAUCCAUUUCAUGAAUACAUGAUACUCCUUCACCUACUUGUGCAUUCCCUUCUUGGAGAUAAAUCUGGGGAUUGGGUUUUGGGCCCCAGCCUUACAUGACUCAUGCGCAGCUUGAAGAUACAUGUGCUUGGAGUAUUAUGCCUUUAUAGAUAGUUCGAUGCAUUCUGUUGACUCCAUGACGCGGGGCUGCUUGUCUCAUUUCUUUGUAAAAAUUCUUCAUUGAAGUUGUGGCUUGUUGAUGCCUUUUAGGAUUGUCUCUCCAGCCGCCCACACCUGUGACCUCUCCAAGUCCUCCUCUGGCAGAAUCUCCUUCUCGAAAUGUUACUGCUGUGGUUUCCAAGGAACGCCAUCAACUGUACCAUCUAAAAUUGAUUCCGACUAUCUGCAUUGGUAUUGCUGCCAUGGCAAUUCUUCUCCUGGUUGUUAUGAUACUACUUAUUCGGAGGAAGAGCAGAGAAUUGAAGGGUUCUAAGGCACCUUCUAGGGCUUCUUCUUGGGAUGCAUUUCCUCUAACUGUCCGCAAGUUUCAGGAAGGUUUGACCGUUUUCUUAUGGUUGUUUUGCUAUUAGUCAAUCAGCACGAACCUUUUUUCCCUUUCUUUUUUACUGUAGAUCGCUUCAAUGUUGGUUAUAUCUAUUACAUACAAUGAUUGAGUAUUGAUCAAUGAUCAUAGUUUUAAUUUCAGAUGAUACGGACAAAUGAGACCUCUGUGUGAGUCUGAUCAGAUCUUUCUUUGCUAUAUAUUUCUUUUAACUUUCUAUAAUCAAAGUAUGACCCAAGGCGAAAUUGAUUAUCCAUUACGAACUGUGGGUUCUACAUUCUUUUCAUUUGAAAAUCAUUUAUUGAGUAAAUCUCAGAGAAUAUUAAAUAUGGGCCAGAUUAAGCAAAAAAUAAUCCCCUCUUGGCAUUUGCUCCUUCGAAUACUACGAUACUGAUUUCAUUGUGUCCAAGGCAUUAAAAAGCCCAGCACAUCUUAACCGAUCAGGAAGUUAUAUCCAAAUGAAUUUACAUUCCAUUGCUAUAUUUAUUUUUUCUUUGGUAUUUUGAAAGGAGAAAAAUUCUUCAGGAUGAGGAUUUGGUUACGGGAUUAGUAUUCCAGGAACUGGAAAGUGAAUAUACGGUUGACUAUCUUGAACAUCGCAGGUCCACCACCAAUGUUUCAGAGAUUUACGCGGAAGGAAACAAAGAAAGCGACCAACAAUUUCACUUCGGAAAUAGGGAAGGGUGGAUUCGGGACCGUAUACAAGGCAGAGUUCAGCAACGGUUUAGUCGUCGCGGUGAAGAGAAUGCAUAAAUCUCUGGAGCAAGGAGAGAGCGAUUUCUACCGAGAGAUGGAGCUUCUUGGAAGGCUUCAUCAUCGUCAUCUGGUCUCUUUAAAAGGGUUUUGUACUACCAGGCACGAGAGGUAAUACUAAUAACCUCUGAAGGUUCUCACUUUCUCUCUCUAAGUAGACAAAUACAUGGACAUUAUUUUAUCCUGAUUCAUUCAUUUUCCAGGUUCCUUAUGUACGAAUACAUGGAAAACGGGAGCUUGAGAGAUCAUCUCCACUGUAGUACUACACCCAUCCAUGAUAUUUCCUUCUGAAGCCGUUUGAAGUCGUUUUCUAAGCUUCCUUUUCUCUGCGUAGCUUCGGGAAAAGCACCGAGUUGGCAGAGAAGAAUCCAAAUCGCCAUAGAUGUGGCUAAUGCGCUGGUAUUCUCCUUUAUAAUUGACAUUUCUCUUCUUGCUCCAUAUGAACCCUAGAUUCAUGGUCCAAAACCUCGGGUCGAACUACCAUUUUUGGCCUCCCAUUCAAUUUUCUAUGGGACCCUUCUUUGAACUGGCAGGAGUACCUUCAUUUCUACUGUGAUCCUCCGCUCUGCCACAGAGAUAUCAAACCUAGCAACAUCUUGCUGGACGCUAACUUCAGGGCCAAGGUAGGCGACCUCUCGGACCUCACAAUUUUCGGGCAGCCUGUGGGCUUCAAAUCACAGAGGCCUCGUUUUCUGUAGGUUGCCGACUUCGGUCUUGCUGAUGUUUCGAGAGGCAGCUCAACGGGUUUCGAUCAAGUUCAUGCAGAUGUCCAUGGAACCCCAGGUAUGACUCCCUUCCAGCCCCAUGAUCCCCUCCUAUGAUGAUGAUGAUGAUGAUGAUGAUGAUGGGAGGGCUUUUUCCAAGCAUUAUUAUGCUGGGUUUUUUGUCUUUAUAUCCUCCUAAACAAUGGAAUGACAGGAGAGAAUCUCUCUAAACCAUCAAACUCUUAGUUUUCAGUCCUUUUGAUAUGUGAAAAUAAUAAAUGACGAUGAUGGCUGUGGGGAAGCUCAAGUAUAGCAUCACCAUAUAUAUUGGUUUUUUAGGUUUACGCCCCUGCUAAAUAAUGGAAGGGCAGAAGAGUCCCUGUACUUUUUUCAACUUUCGAUCAUGGUUACACGCGUUGCUUUCUGAUGAUAAGAAGGCGUUUGAUAAUGAUAGCGCGACUUAGUUCUCUUCCAAAGUAGGAAAUGACAGAAAAGUUCCUCUCUUUCCCGUCCUCAGCUGUGUUCCUUCGCUGUGGGUCAACGGUAGGGCCCCACUCGGACCCCGGUUGUGGGGCCACCUCGCGUUGGACUGUUCCCCUCUGUGAACUGAUUCCCGAAAUGGAUGCAGGUUACGUGGAUCCUGAGUAUGUGGUUACCCGGGAGCUGACAGAGAAGAGCGACGUCUACAGCUACGGCGUUCUACUUCUGGAGCUGGUCAGCGGAAGGCACGCCGUCGAAGGUAACCAGAACCUCGUCGAGUGGUCUCGGCAGCGCACUGCGGUGGCCGCCGGGCUGCCGGAGCUGGUCGACCCGGCCCUGGGGGAUUCGUUCGACCUAGAGGAGCUGCAGGUGGUCGCCGCCGUCGCGGAGUGGUGCACCCGCAGCGAGGGGAAGGCGAGGCCUUCUAUCAAGCAGGUGCUGGUGGCGCUCUACGAGGGUCUCGAUCCGGUGCACCGCGACUUCGCUGGAGCCGUCGAAGGCGGCGGUAGAAGCGCCGCCGGCGGGCAGGGCGGCAAGGUGGCCGGCGGGAGGAGCGAGGUGAUCCCCUACAGCGGCGACGGGCGGUGCCUGCAGUCGUCUUCCAGCACCUCGAGGUCCUACUGCAGCCGGAGCCUCUUGCUGGAGAGCGGUGGGUCGCCGCAGUCCCCUCCCUGCGGCUUCUCGCUUUGA